AUGACGCAAAAAUACUCUUCAAAAGAUAGAAAAAGAAGCUCUUCUAGGCACAGGAAUCGUUCUAAAUCUCCAGACUAUAGUGAAAAACGUCACCGUUCAAGGGAUAGAUCACAACGUAGCGAAAAAAGAAAAAGUAGAGAGCGUUAUUCUGACAGUAGAAGAAGAAGAAAUGAUACAUCUAGUCGUUUUGGUCGUAGAUCUCAUGCACGUCAUCGAAGUGAUUCUUCUAUAAGUACAGAUCGACGUAGUGAGUCACCGUCACAGACAUAUAGAAAGAACACUCAUUAUUCAGCUUCUCGAGAUGAUUCAGCAUUCUUGAAACCUGACACAGAAGCAUCUAAAGACUCAUGGAUAGAUGAUAUUGACCGCCAGACGUCACAGAUGGCAAAAAUGCUUGGAUUCUCUGGAUUUAAAACAACUCAUCAGCAAAAAGUUGAGGGAAAUGAUGUUGGUGCUGUAUAUAAAGUUAAACCAACAAAAUAUCGACAAUAUAUGAAUCGAAGAGGAGGAUUUAAUAGACCAUUAGAUACUGAUACACCAAGACGAUAA